AACCUGUCUUUCCUCUUAGUUUAUAAACACACACACUCUUUAUCAGCCCUCACAAUCCACAACACACACAUUCACCUACCUCCAUCAGACUCACAAUACACAAAGCUAGAGAUCGAGAUAUGGUGAACUUUGUUGCUCUACAGAAGCCAUUGUUGAAUGGACUAAUGAAGAUGGCUGGUAUUGUACCUCACUCGGUAGAGAUCGAAUCAGGCACAGUUAUGAACAUCUGGGUGCCCACUGAAUCCGUCAAGAAACUCAAAAAAGAUCAACCCAUGAUCAAACCAAACAAACCAGUGGUUGUUCUGGUCCACGGCUUCGCAGCAGAAGGCAUCGUAACGUGGCAGUUCCAGGUCGGUUCUCUGACCAAAAAAUACGCCGUUUACGUGCCGGACCUGCUCUUCUUUGGCGGGUCGAUCACGGACAGCCAGGACCGGUCGCCGACGUUCCAGGCGGAGUGUUUGAUGAAGGGGCUGAGGAAGAUGGGAGUGGACAAGUGUACGGUGGUUGGGUUCAGUUAUGGUGGGAUGGUGGCUUUCAAGAUGGCGGAGCUGUACCCGGACUUGGUUGGGGCACUGGUGGUGUCUGGUUCAAUUCUGGCUAUGACUGACUCCAUCAGCAAUGCCACACUUGAGAGUCUUGGCUUCUCUUCUUCUUCGGAGCUGUUGCUACCCACCUCUGUUAAGGGUCUCAAGGCACUGCUUUCUGUUGCUGCUCACAAAAGACUUUGGUUUCCUGAUCGCCUUCACAAGGAUUUCCUUGAGGUUAUGUUCAACAACAGAAAAGAGAGAGGAGAACUGCUUGAGGGCUUGAUAGUCAGCAAUAAAGAUCCAACCAUCCCCAAUUUUCAACAGAGAAUACAUCUUCUCUGGGGAGAGGAUGAUCAGAUAUUCAAGUUGGAGCUAGCCCAAAACAUGAACGAGCAACUAGGGCACAAUGCAACAUUUGAAGGCAUAAAGAAAGCAGGUCACCUAGUUCACCUAGAAAGACCCUGUGUGUACAAUAGAUGUCUCAAGAAGUUCCUAGCUUCGCUGCAACAAGUUGUAGCCCAUAAUUAACUAAUUCAAUUCCACUUUCUUUUUCUUUUUUUUUUUCAUUCUAAACUCAUGUUAUUUUCAGCAUUGUUUAUUAUUUAUGAUUUUAUGUAAAACCUUCAUGUGUCUCAUAUGGAGAGAAGAUGUGUCCUUGUUGUGGA